GGUCAGCUGCGGAGAAUGCACAUGGUUCCGGUUUCUUUUGGAGAAUGACGUAUUUAUUCUACUGUUAUGCAUGAUUAUUGUAUUAAUUUAUAGGGAGAUCUGCUAAUGUGCUUAACAACAUCACCAGAGUUAGCUCCGCCCACUUUUCAACAGUUUUGACCAAUUGGAAUCCCGUACCACCAUGAUUGACAAGUUGAAUAGCCUAAAGUUGAGCACCAAGCAAUGGGUGGUCCUUGGCAUAACAGUCCCAACCUCAAUGUUCCUUCUAUAUCUCCUCUUGAAGAAGCAGGAUGAAGAGGAGAAUUAUCGCCCGUCGAAGGAUCUUGCAAGAGGGCCGCAGCUGACCAUUGAGAUGACCGUUCCAUUUGAUAAAGUAGGAGCAGUCAUCGGUCAACAAGGUGUCACAAUUAAAAAGAUUCAAGAGGAAACGUCUUGCCGGAUUAAGUUCCAAAACGAGGUUGGACUGGAGGACAAGGAAGAUCGUCAUCUGGUGGUUCGUGGCAAACCUGAAAGCGCCCUCAUUGCUGAGCAGUUAAUCCGCAAGAUCAUUACGGAGCAGUCUGCGAUACAGACAUUUGAAAUGAUGAUACCACAAUGGGCCAUUGGUAAAAUAAUAGGUCGUAAUGGUGAGAAUAUACGCAGUCUAUGCCGAGCCAGCAAGGCCAGAAUCAACAUUGAGAGAGAUGAUAACAGAGGAGACUACACAGCUCUACGCCAAUGUGUCAUCAAAGGAACAGUGGAUCAGAUACAGUACGCCAAGGGUUUGAUAGAAGAAGAAAUCGCCCUUGAGGAGGCCUAUAGGCACAAGCUGGAGAAUGCGUCCGCCAAUCGGAAACAGAGAGGCUCCAAGAUGUCUAAGGUGGCAGGAACCUCCGAUGAGGACGAAAGGUUUUCCGAGUACCCCGAGGCAGCCACUAAUGAACUUACCAAAGAUCAAUCUUCGCCAAAGAAUCAAACUAUGCAAGUGCCUGCCCAGCAGGAGUUUUUCAGUGUCUACAUGUCGGCCGUGGAGCACGUUGGUCACUUCUGGGUUCAGGUCCUAGGAGAGAGGGCGGGGUCCCUGGACCUGUUAGUACAGAGCAUGACUGAGUACUACUCUCAACCAGGUAACCUACAGGCUUGUAAACCAGACACCCUGUGCACCGGUGACAUCAUAGCAUCCCCAUUCCAAGAUGAUGAAUCGUGGUACCGCGCUCGCAUCAUCGGUUUCUUAGAGGACGGUGAAGUGGAUCUCUACUACGUCGACUUCGGAGACAGUGACAAGAUGCCAAGAGAUAGCUUAUGUAGUUUAAGGAGUGAUUUUCUUAGUCUUCCUCAUCAAGCAGUUGAGUGUUGCUUAGCUGGUGUCCAGCCUGUUGAAUCUGAGUGGUCGGAUGUAGCUGUGGAUCUCUUUGAGGAUCUGACGUAUUGCGCCAAAUGGAAACCACUAAUGGCCAAGAUUGUCACGUACCAUCAAGUAGAGGGCGGUACAACAACCUGUGUGGACCUGGUGGAUACAAAUGGAACUCAGGAUGUUAACAUCGCAAACGUUUUAGUGGAACGAGGCUAUGCAAAAUUUACACACCAAAAGAACUCAACAAGGAACACAACUAGAGAGAGAAGUUAUCCCCCUCCCCCUCAGUCAGACAAUGGACCAGUCCACUUACCAGUUGAGACUCUGACUGUUCCACUUGAGAUGGGGGAGUUGAUGCUGGACGACGAUAUUGAAGAAUUUGUCGAUGAGGGAACAAGAACUGGCUGACGUUAGUGGAAAAAGACGGUGCUAUUUUUAUGAAACCUUGUUGCGUUUUACCUACCGAAGAGACUUUACUUUCAAAGUUGCUGGUACUCCAAGUUUCCAGUACUCUGUGUUUGUCUGUUUUCAGAAAGAGUUCUCAGGUUUUGAGCACAACUCCAGGUGUGUGGCGCCCUGUGAAGGUAGGGGGGGGGGUAGUGUUGGGGUGUAUCACCCUCUAUAUGUUCUUUAGUUUUGAGGUUCAGUUGGCAAGUAAGGCACUAAAUCAAGUAGAACAAGUAUUUUCAGAUGAAUAUUUUGUAAUUUUGCCGACAAAAGUUUAUUUUAUUUUCUGUUGUAAGCAAACUACUUUACAAAACAAGGUUGGUUGCUUUUGGCACUAUUGAAUGCAGUGUGAAUCCAUGCUGUGGGCACCAGUGAAAUAGUGUUGGAAUACUUGUCCUCGGCAAGUCCGCAAAAUUACUUCCACUGUGGAGGAAGAAUUUUUGUUAUUUUCCUUUCUCCAUGCUUCCACAUACCAAAAGGAUUUGCUGGUAUAGGCCAUUGGGCUUCCAUACAUUUAAAUAUGAUGCCUUUGCUCUGCUUCAAAAAAAUCUCCAUAGACAUAAACCACGAAGGGCUCAAUUUGAUAGAGCUGCUUAAGCACAAAAAGUAGAUAUAAGCACGAACAAGUUUUUAUGUGCAGAAAUAGGUAACCAGCCUCGGCAUCAUCUUUCAAAAAAGAAUUCAGAGAGAAAAACAAAUCUAUAACAAAUUCCUUGUGGCGAAAAUCGGGCCGUGCAACUUGUUGUCUGUCAAGUUUUAGAUUGUAUGAAGAUUGCAAAUAACUGUUAAUUCC